GCUGAGGCCAGCGCCGAACAAACAUGCAGCGACUCAGGGACGUUUUGCUGUGUCUGCUGCUGGCUGCCGCUGUCCCCACCGCCCCGGCUCCUGCCCCGACGGCGACGGGGACUCCAGUGGAGCCGGGUCCGGCUCUCAGCUACCCGCAGGAGGAAGCUACGCUCAAUGAGAUGUUCCGAGAGGUGGAGGAGCUGAUGGAAGACACGCAGCACAAACUGCGCAGCGCGGUGGAGGAGAUGGAGGCAGAAGAAGCAGCUGCGAGAACAUCCUCUGAGGUGAACCUGUCAAGUUUACCUGCCAACUAUCACAACGAGACCAACACGGACACCAGGGUCGGCAAUAACACCAUCCAUACGCACCGAGAAAUUCACAAGAUAACCGACAAUCAGACCGGACAGAUGGACUUUUCUGAGACAGUCAUUACUUCGGUGGGGGAUGAGGAAGGCAAGAGGAGCCACGAAUGCAUCAUUGAUGAGGACUGUGGGCCCACCAGGUACUGCCAGUUCUCCAGCUUCCGGUACACCUGCCAGCCGUGCCGGGACCAGCAGAUGCUGUGCACCCGAGACAGCGAGUGCUGUGGAGACCAGCUGUGUGUCUGGGGUCACUGUACCAAAAAGGCCACCAAGGGUAGCAACGGGACCAUCUGUGACAACCAGAGGGAUUGCCAACCUGGUCUGUGCUGUGCCUUCCAAAGAGGCCUGCUGUUCCCCGUGUGCACAUUCCUGCCUGUGGAGGGGGAGCUCUGCCAUGACCCUGCCAGCCAGCUGCUGGACCUCAUCACCUGGGAACUGGAGCCUGAAGGCGCUUUGGACCGAUGCCCCUGUGCCAGUGGACUCCUCUGCCAGCCUCAGAGCCACAGUCUGGUGUACGUGUGCAAGGCAGCCUUCAUCGGUAGCCACGACCAAAAUGAGGAGAGUCUGCUGCCCAGGGAGACCCCUGAUGAGUAUGAAGAUGGCGGCUUCAUAGGGGAGGUGCGCCAGGAGCUGGAGAACCUGGAGCAGAGCCUGGCCCAGGAGAUGGCGUUUGGGGAGCCUGCCCCUGCGGAGUCCCUGGGUGGGGAGGAGAUUUAGACUCAGACCCAGCUGAGCUGCUGGUAGAUGUGCAAUAGACAUGACUAAUGUAUUUCCCCGGAGUGUCCCCUAGGUGUGGGGCUGGCCAGGCAUUCUCCAGAGCUCCUUCCCGGUAGCUUUUUCCCUGGCUUGACGAGGUGCAGCGCAAGUACAUUUGUUCCAGCUGCCCCGCUGCUCUGGGGCUGGGAGAGACUGAUGGGGUGGGGGAGGGCAAAGGCGAGCCACCCCACACCAUGGCCAGAUGUUCUGUUUUGUUCAGAUUUGAUUGAAAGGAGAAGACAGAAAGGGGUAAAGUCUGCCCAUGGUCGGCCCGGGGGAGAUAUGGAGGAGGGUGCCUGCCCUGCAAACAAGGACCUGGCAAAAUGUAGCCAUUGCGUUUGUACUGUGUCCCUUCUGUGGGCCAAGGCUGUUCUUGUGGCCUCCCACACCUUCAUCCCUCCACCCUCUCUUUUUGCUCCUCUUACCUCACUGUCAGCAUGCCCUUCACAUCCGCUCAGUCCACCCCGCGCAGCUUGGGAGCAAACCAGAGUGGGUUUCUCACCAAGCCCCUUGUUCUCUCACUCCCCCCCAUACCAGCCUUGGUGCCCCCAACAGUACUUCCAAAAGGAGGGGAGUGAAAUCCUUUUCUUCUUUUCUUUCUUUUUUUCCUUCCUUCCUUCCUUCCUUCCUUCCUUCCUUCCUUCCUUCCUUCCUUCCUUCCUUCCUUCCUUCCUUCCUUUCUUCCUUCCUUUCUUUCGCACCUGGAACUAAAGCCAGGCCAGUUUGCACAUCCCUCUAAGGUUAGAAGUAACAGCGUGGAGGCCAGUGGUAUGGACACUGCCCUCUGCCAUUUGCUUCAAUAACUCCGAAAAGUCAGUAAUUGGAGGGCCGUUUGUGUAAAUUAAUUCACAGGAAGGACAUUUGGGUAAUUGCAGGGCCAGGGUUAUAAAUGAAAUUUGCAGUCGUUUAGCCACAAGGGAAGGCCUUUCUCAAUGGCACAGAGAAAUCAGAAGCCAGCCAGGCUGUGUGAAGUACGGCUGUGAUGUCCGGACAGAAGCUGGGCUGGGCGUUGGGUCUCAGAUCGCUGUGUUAGGUGCCAGGAACUGUUUCCAUCCUGUCCUCAUCCAGAGUGAUUCAGCUUUAGAGCUGCGCCCAGUUGUCGAAGCAUGCUUUUGUCUGAGUUUUAAAUUAUGUAUAAGCACAUGCAUUGCGCUCAAAGAUCAUGCAUAAAUUACUUUAGCUACUGUUUGAUAAUUCUUGGGCUCCUUCCCCCCCCUCCCCCUUUGGCUUUCAAUAAAUAUACCCCCCCUUCAUCCAGAACAAUAAAAUAAAACAAUCUGUGGUAUAAAGAGACGAAAAGUCUUUCCAUAGAGGCAGAUUUUCCAGGCAUAUGUGGUUCUCUUCUGGACUCUGUUGGAACAUUUAUCCUUGUCUGGAUGGGAAUGAGUUUUAGGAGAGCAAACUCCUUGCCAUCUUCCGAAGUAAGUCGUCUCUUGGAGGCGCCUUGUCAUCAGAGGCAAUUCUGGGCUUGGGCAGGAUGGGCACGCUAAUGAAAUACCUGAGGCAAUCAAUUUAUGUAUUUAAAAAAGCUUAUUUGUGUUCCCUGUUUUGGGUGUCAGUUGAGUGGUGGGGCAGCACAGCAUGGGGGGGCAUGUGGUAGAGUCAGGCUGCUCCCAGGGAGAGAGGGGGAAACACCCAGUCCUCCCCCAGGACCGGGGCCCUCUCACGAGGCCCCACCCGGUACGGGCGCCAGGCUCUGCCACAUUGGUCUUAGCUACUCUACUGGUGCUGACAAGAGCUCCCUGAAGGGUGAGGGUUCAUUUUGUAGCAGGUGAGGCACAGGGGUAGAGUGUGGGGCUGCUUCCCACAGUUCUGAGGACCAGGGGGCAGAGAAAGGGUAAUGCUAGGACUCAGCUUUUUCCUUUCUCCCCUUUCAUUUAUUCUGGGACCCCAGCCCAUGGAAUGGUGCCACCCCAUCCAAAAGGGUGAGUUUCCUUCCUCAGCUGGAACUCUCUGGGAACUCCUUGCCUCAUAGACAGGUACAGAGGGUGUCUCCUAAAUGAUUCAAAAACCCAUUUGGUUCCAAGACACAGAAGGGCUAUGUAAUAACUUUUCCACAUAACACCUUUGCCAUCUAAAAGACUUUAAAUCUCUAAUCUGAAGAUAUCACAGUAAAGAAAUAUAAACAUUUAGAAAAACAGUAAAUAUAAGUACUUGCUAGUUACCUGUGUCCACAGUAUGGGUCCAUUUGUCACUAAAACCUGUGCUGGUUAAAUUUUGCUGUGUUUAAUCUGGUAUGCUGAAAUCCUAUGGUUUUAGCUACAAAUGAGAAGAUUCAGAAUAAAUGAACAACAUAUUAAAAAAAAACCCUACACAGGCCGAUAAAGAAGAUUGCUGUAGCCUCCCAGUAGUGCCGUGGGGAACAAGCCUUUAACCAAUGGGUCUUCGGGCAGGGAGAUAGUUUACCUAGUCCAUAACAGAGCUGGGACACACCAAGCUCUUUAAGGACUAGAUUAUAUUUAGGUCAACAGGGCAGCAGGCGCGGACUCUCUGAAUUCCGUAUAGCAGAUGACAGAAUGGGGCUUCAGAGAGGUGGAGGAGGGAGAAGGUAGGCGAAAUGGCUUCAAGGGGGCACUGAUUCUUUUACUGUCAAACAUGGAGGUGUUUUUUAUUCGAUGGCAACUUACCAGGGCCCCUUAACUCCUGGGUCACCCGGCAGCUACGUGUGAAGGCUUGCUCAGAGCAAGGUUUGGAUGUUCCCAGAUGAGACUCUCUGCUCUGAAAUCAUGUCGAUAAAAGACGGGACACAAACAGCUGAGCGCUAGAGGAGCCCCAGCGGAGGGCUUAGCUUAGAGGGCCGCCAUGAAAGGGAAGGACAAGGUUACAGGGUGAGGUGACUUAAAGGGGAAAUGGAUGAGAUUCUUGAUGGAUAGGAUGACUGGAAGCUAAGGCAAGCGUGAGGAAAUGCGUAGAGAUGAGUCUGAAAAUGGUUUCAUUGAAAACAAACAAAAAAGCCUGUUUGGUACCCACCAUGUAUCAAGUCCCCUUCCCAGAGCUAAGCACCCUAUGAAAGGCCCGAAUGCUCAGCCGAGAAGACCGCACCUCACCAUUGUUCCUGGACCAUGGGAAGAGCUGAGCUGAGUGCCGCUCUCCCUGGCUGCCUGAUCUUUUCUUGGAUUUGGUUCCUGCCAGGGAAACAGCAGCAGAAGCUACCAUUCAGCUCCUUAGCAGUGAGCCCAGCAAAGGACCAGGACAGGUGCUUAGGAUGUGGCAUUGGCUUCAAGGCCCUCUGAGGAAGCUGGGAGCUGUCAGGCUGCCUUCCUCCCCCCACCCCUCCCCAGCCUUCAGCUAGUACUCACUUCUUAACUUCUGUUAGUUUGACAAUCCUUGACCCAUGGCCCCUGUAUGACUUUUAUUAUUUCUGUGGCUAUAAAUAUCUGACAAGAACAACUUAAGGGAGGAGUUUAGAGUUCAAAGGGAUUGUCCACAACGGUGGCAGGAGUGGAGAUGACUGUUCGUGUGACUUUCCUACCAGGAAGCAGAGCGCAUGGGAAGUGGGGCGAUCUCAAGGCCCACCUCCAGUGGCCCACUUCUGCCAGCAAGGCUCCACUUCCCUGAUGGUCCACAACCUUCAGAGACUGCUGCACACUGAGCACCAGCUGUUCAAAGACAAGUGGGUGCUGAUGGUGGUUGUUUGAUGAGAAAUGUCCCCUUUAGUCUUAGACACUUGAACACUUAGUCCCCAGUUGGUGAUGCUGUUUUGGGGAGGGUUAGGCAAUGCAGCCGUGGCGGAGGAGGUGUGUCACUGGGGGCAGGCUUUGUCUGCCUUGAUUCUCUGCUUCCCAUGUGGGUUCAACGAGUGCCUCAGCUUCCUGGUUCUGCACCAUGCCACUCUACAGUCAUGGACGCCAACUGGAAGUCAAAAUAAACUCAAGUUGCCUUUG